AUGGCAUAUGGAAGGGAUAUUAAUGUCAUUCGCCAUGAUGGCAAUCCAAAGAAAUUACAAGAAAUAAAAGGAUAUUAUGAUCCCUUGCAGUAUCCUAUAUUGUUUCCAUUUGGGACACAUGGGAGGUUAAGGUGGAUUCGAGAACACCAGGAAAAUAUACGUGCUGAAGUGUACCAAGGUUUACAAGAUGCUUUGCAUGUUGGUGAAACUAAUGCAGAAAAUAUUGGAAAAAGAACAAUAUUACCAUCAUCAUUUAUUGGAGGUCGUCGAGACAUGACACAACAUUACGAAGAUGGCAUGGCUAUUGUUCUUAAUAGCGGUAAACCAAAUACUUUUUUGACCAUGACGUGCAAUCCUUCAUGGUAUGAGAUAACAUCAGAACUUCUACCUUUUCAAACACCACAAGAUCGCCCAGAUUUACUAACGAGAAUAUUUCGUUCUAAAUUCGAGCAACUGAAGGAUGAUGUCAUUAACAGAGGAGUCUUAGGAAAGGUUAAAAGUUACAUGUAUGUCACUGAAUUUCAAAAACGAGGAUUGCCGCAUGUGCAUAUGUUGUUGGUCUUGGAAAGUAACGACAAGUUGCGUAACCCAAAAGAUUACGAUAGUGUGGUUAGAGCUGAAAUACCUAAAUUAGAAUGUGAACCACAGUUGCAUGAAGCAGUUGUAAAACAUAUGAUCCACGGACCUUGCGGCGUACUCAAUCGAAGAUCACCAUGUAUGAAAGAUGGCCAAUGUAAAAAAAGGUAUCCCAAAAAAUUUUGCGAUGAAACACGUCAAGGCAUUGACUCAUAUCCAGAGUAUAGGAGAAGGUUUGACGAACCUAUAUCUAUAGGUAGAGAUAGGUCUAUCGAUAAUAGAUGGGUGGUUCCAUAUAACCCUUGGUUAGUGUUAAAAUAUGACUGUCACAUCAAUGUAGAGGUUUGCAGUAGUAUUAAAAGUAUCAAGUAUCUAUACAAAUAUGUGUACAAGGGUCCUGAUCGUGUGUCUAUGGAGGUUCACAAAGGAUCAUACAUGGAUGAAGUCCAGCAAUAUGUUGAUGCGAGAUGGAUUUGUGCUCCCGAGGCAAUAUGGAGAAUUUUUCGAUUCACUCUUUACCGAUUAUAUCCUUCUGUUGAAAGACUAUAG